ACAGACAGCAGAAGUCAACCAAAGAAUUUCUGCUACAGCUGAUUCGGUCGCCAUCUUUGUCGCGAACAUAAACAACACCAGUGAGUCGCGUUGGCAUUUAGAUGUACCGCCGUCAUUUGGGAGAAAGCGAGCACAGUGUCCCCGCUACAGCGCUGAUCUUUUCAACCGAAGAUGACAGUUGAUUUGGUCACCUGAGCCACCGUGUCAGUCGGAGAUGGGGAUCCAGUGUGGAUUUCCUCAACGGGAGGGAGCGGAGGUUUAAAGGGGGGGGCGGGGGCGGGGAGGGCAGCAGAGGGGCCUGAGGAGAUGGACCAAGAGUACGAGAGACGGCUGCUGAGGCAAAUCAACCACCAGAACCUGCCGACAGAGGCCCGCCUGUCAAAGUGUGUAAGUGCUACCUGCAGUCCUGUCAGUGUUAAGUCAGGGGACCGCUUCAUUCCCACCCGUGCUGGAAGCAACUGGAGCAUCAACUUCCACUAUGCCAAUGAGAACUGUCGCUCCCCGAAUCAGAACCAUAAAGCAAAGGAUGCCAGCUCGGAUUCAAGCAAAGAUGCUGUGGCGUAUGCUGCCCUGCUGAGGAACGAGUUACUGGGGGCAGGGAUAGAGACUGUGCCAGACCCUCACACGGACGACCGGCGGCAUGCAGUCCUCCCUCAAGACUCUCACAGCCUUUUUAGGUACACUGUCCACACUAAGAGAGUGCCUUUCAAUAGCGAUAAUGAAGUCUCACCAUACUCCCUUUCUCCACUUAGUAACAAGAGUCACAAGCUGCUCCGCUCCCCUCGUAAACCAGCCCGCAAGAUCUCCAAGAUCCCCUUCAAAGUGCUGGAUGCUCCGGAGCUGCAGGACGACUUCUACCUCAACCUGGUAGACUGGUCAGCGGGCAACUUGCUCAGUGUCGGCCUGGGAGCCUGCGUCUACUUGUGGAGUGCCUGCACCAGCCAGGUGACAAGGUUAUGUGACCUUUCAGUGGAUGGAGACUCUGUUACAUCAGUUUGUUGGAAUGAGAGGGGGAGUCUCGUUGCCGUCGGAACCCACAAGGGUUACGUUCAGAUCUGGGACGCAGCAGGAGGGAGAAAGCUGACCAGUCUGGAGGGUCACUCAGCACGUGUAGGUGCCCUGGCGUGGAACGGAGAGCAGCUGUCUUCGGGAAGUCGGGACAGAGUGAUCCUACAGCGGGACGUCAGAACCCCGCCUUCUGCUGAGAGGAGGCUGCAAGGUCACAGACAAGAAGUGUGUGGUCUCAAAUGGUCUCCUGACCACCAGCACCUCGCAUCCGGAGGCAACGACAACAAGUUACUGGUGUGGAACAGCUCCAGCCUUCUCCCUGUGCAGCAGUACAGUGACCACCUGGCAGCGGUGAAGGCCAUCGCCUGGUCCCCCCACCAACACGGGCUGCUGGCGUCGGGGGGCGGCACCGCCGACCGCUGCCUGCGCUUCUGGAACACACUGACGGGUCAGGCGCUGCAGAGCACAGACACCGGCUCCCAGGUCUGCAACCUGGCAUGGUCCAAACACGCCAACGAACUGGUGAGCACUCACGGCUACUCUCAGAACCAGAUCCUGGUGUGGAAGUAUCCGUCACUAACACAGGUGGCCAAGUUGACAGGACACUCCUACAGAGUGCUGUAUCUGGCUGUGUCACCAGAUGGGGAGGCCAUCGUUACAGGGGCUGGGGAUGAGACACUACGUUUCUGGAACGUCUUCAGUAAGACACGCUGCACCAAGGAAUCAAAGUCAGUGCUGAACCUCUUCACAAGAAUACGAUAGUGAACAUGCCGGGUCAGGACUGGUUUCAGGACUGAACUGUGGUUGAAAUGCACAGAGUCACCAACAACACUCACAGACUAGCUCUUAGAGCCCUCUCAUCUCAGCACCAUCUCUCAGUGCACCAACCACCACUACAGUACUACUUCUCAAAUCCACUUUUUCUACAGAGGAUCCAAACUUCCAACAACAACUGCCAUCCCUCACAGUGAUGUCACUGAUUAAAAAAACAAACAGUCUAUUGUCAGGACACGUUGUCUGCUUUAAAAAGUCAGUCAUCUUUUCUGUUGUGGAAGUGAUGAAAUUGUUUUAUUAUAUAUUAGCAGAAGUAAUACAUGUACAAGAGUUCUAAACUAUA